AAGCAGCAAGGAUGGCGGAGUCACACCUCUGAAGCAAAUCUUCGAGGGAUUAAAAAGAACCUUGAUGACCUUUGCAGCCUGAGAGAACUUCUAUCUGAAGGUCCUGGGAUUGUAUGCCGUUCAGACACUUAAGCAUGUGGCCCAUGGAUGCCACAAUCCAGCUACUUCAAAGGAUUUUUUCUCCCAUGGCAUUUUAACAAAGGGACAAAGUAUCAAAAGUAUCUAAAAAACCUCUGGAUCACAAGGCCUUUAUUUCAAGGAUAAUAAUAAAUGUGUGGGCCUGCACAGGGAUGUUUUCUUUAAAAGCCUCCUUGGUUGUCUGUGUCCCUUUUUUCCCAAAUAAGUAACCUGACAAGAGAGACUCCCAUGAGCAACUCUGCAGGAGGCCCGAUAACGUCGACAUGAGUAGUACUUUAGGCAAAGAAAAAGAUUCAAAAGAAAAGGACCCAAAAGGUGGUCCAGCGGGGAAAGAAAGGGAAAAGGAGGCCAAGGCUCUGACUGGCUUGGUCAAGGAUGGUGGUAAAGAAACGAAGACCAAAGGGAAAGAUGCCAAAGAAGGAAAGAAGGACACCAGCAGCUCAACACCAGGUGUUGCCUUCUCCGUUGACAAUACGAUAAAGCGGCCAAACCCAGCACCAGGUACACGCAAGAAGUCCAGUAAUGCUGAGGUGAUCAAAGAACUUAACAAGUGUCGAGAGGAGAACUCAAUGAGACUGGACCUAUCUAAAAGGUCCAUUCAUAUGCUUCCCACCUCCAUUAAGGAGUUGACACAGCUGGCUGAACUCUACUUAUACAGCAACAAGCUGCAGAGCCUGCCGGCUGAGGUGGGUUGCCUAUCAGGCCUGGUCACUUUGGCCCUGAGCGAGAACUCCCUGACCAGUUUGCCUGACUCCCUGGACUCCCUUAAGAAGCUUCGAAUGCUCGACCUCCGGCACAACAAGCUGAGAGAGAUACCACCUGUCGUCUACCGGCUGACAUCUCUAACCACGCUGUACCUGCGGUUCAACCGUAUCACAACAGUAGAGAAGGACAUCCGAAACCUAUCCAAGCUCACUAUGCUCAGCAUCCGUGAGAACAAGAUUAAACAGCUGCCCGCAGAGAUAGGGGAGCUAUGCAACCUUAUUACUCUGGAUGUUGCCCAUAACCAGUUGGAACACCUACCGAAGGAGAUUGGGAAUUGCACACAGAUAACCAACCUUGACUUGCAGCACAAUGAGCUCUUGGACCUCCCAGAGACUAUAGGGAAUCUGGCGAGCAUAAAUCGCUUAGGUCUGAGAUAUAAUAGAUUAUCAGCUAUUCCGAGAUCAUUAGCCAGGUGUCGAGAACUGGAGGAGUUAAACCUUGAAAAUAACAACAUUUCAGUGUUGCCAGAGGGCCUGCUUUCAAGUUUGGUCAAUCUGACAAGUCUAACACUGGCAAGGAACUGUUUCCAGUCUUACCCUGUCGGUGGACCAUCCCAGUUCUCAACCAUCUACUCCCUCAACAUGGAGCACAACCGUAUCAACAAGAUCCCCUUUGGUAUCUUCUCCAGGGCCAAAGUGUUAAGCAAGCUUAACAUGAAGGACAACCAGUUAACGUCUCUGCCGUUGGACUUUGGCACAUGGACUAGUAUGGUCGAGCUUAACCUGGCCACUAAUCAGUUGACGAAGAUCCCUGAGGACGUCUGUGGACUAGUCUCUCUGGAGGUGUUAAUAUUGUCCAAUAACCUUCUCAAAAAGUUACCACAUGGUAUUGGGAACUUGAGAAAGCUACGAGAGCUUGACUUGGAGGAAAACAAGUUGGAAUCUCUACCUAAUGAAAUUGCUUAUCUCAAAGAUUUACAGAAAUUGGUGUUGACAAAUAAUCAGCUGACUACGUUACCCAGAGGCAUCGGCCAUCUCACCAACCUGACUCAUCUGGGAUUGGGGGAGAACCUGCUGCAACACCUUCCUGAGGAGAUUGGUACACUGGAGAACCUGGAGGAACUGUACCUCAACGACAACCCCAACCUGCACAGCCUCCCGUUCGAGCUGGCCCUCUGCAGCAAGCUGUCUAUCAUGAGCAUCGAGAACUGUCCCCUCAGCCACCUGCCACCCCAGAUUGUUGCGGGAGGCCCCUCCUUCAUCAUCCAGUUCCUCAAGAUGCAGGGUCCAUACCGUGCCAUGGUCUGAGCCAAGAGCAGCUCAAUCCCAGUCCUACUUGACUCCAAACCCUCCACUUGCUCUGCACCCUCUCGCCUGCCGGCCCCCAUUACGUGUACCAUGCACUGUAAAGAAAACAGACUCGCCACAAUCAGUGUCAGGGGCAAAAGAAAGGAGGAGGAAGAAAAGGAAAACUUUUCUUUCACCUUCCUUGGGCAGAAACGAGGUGAAUUUUGGAGACUUGACUUCUGUGUUACUCCAGAGUUUAUCACGGUCAUUUUAGGACCCCAGCCACCCCCCUGCUCAUCUUUCAUUCCGAAUCAUACAAGAGGAAAAUAUUUCCAUCUCUUUGCCAAAACUGAAGAUAUAUAAAGUUAUAUAUAUUGAGUAACUGUGAGCUAAGUGGCAAGUCUUUUAACCAUAUAAACCAUGCUCCCAUUGCCAAUGUAUUUACAGUAAUUACAAGCAUCUAUUAUGUGAGCAAGGAUACAAUUGUAUGCAAAAACAAACAAAAAAAGUCUUUUGAACUUCACAUUUACUGCUGCUGCCGUAAUUUUAACUGUCAUCUUUUCUUUAUUCCCUUUUUUUUUUUAUCAUCUUCCUUGAGAUAACUUAUGAUAAUUGCUUCUUGACCAUAGAGAACAAAGGUCUAAUGAUGGUGUGUUUAUAAUUUUUUUUUUUUUUAAUUUU